UUUUUGUUACUUGACUGCCCUUAGUGCAAUUAAUUUAUCCAAUCAGGAGAGCUUUUUUAAUUUUGUGAAUUGCAAUUUGCUAUCAUUACUGUCUGCAAACACACUCAUAAGUGUACCCAGCCAUAACCGUAUUCUCUAUUCUCCAUGUUCUCUAUAAUUAACCUGGAAGUGGAUCUUAGAGCAUCGUAUUUUAAGAAGCUAUAUCCAUGCAUGUAGAUCACUGUUGCUCUACUUACUUUUUAUAUGCACUGUUUUUUCUUAGGGACAAAGCAUUAUAUCUUUCUUAACAACCGAGAUCACACCUGUCAUGGAAUUAUUUUCAUCCAUGAAAACACAUGGCGUUCUAGAAGAAGUUCAACUCUGAUGAAUAUUCUACCACACCAUUCAAUGAUUAAGGAUACCCUUUUGAAUGAUGAUGAUAUUGGUGACAGCUGCCGUGAAGAUUUUCUGCACAAGGCCAUUAGCUCUCACUUGCAGACAUGUGGGUGUUCGGUUGUCAUAGGAAGCAAUCCAGAAAAAGUGAAUAAGAUGGUUCGAACAUUGUGCCUUUUCUUAACUCCAAAUGAACGAAAAUGCUCACGACUUGCUAAUGCUAGUAGUUCUUUCAAAUAUGAUUCAGGUCUUUUUGUUCAGGGCCUUUUAAAGGAUGCUACCGGUAGCUUUGUGCUGCCUUUCCGUCAAAUUAUGUAUGCUCCAUACCCAACCACACACAUUGAUGUUGACGUGAAUACAGUGAAGCAGAUGGCCCCGUGCCAUGAACACAUUUAUAACCAGCAGAGUUACAUGAGCCAGGAACUUCACAAACUUCAAAAGACUGCAUCAGAAGAAGAUGUGAUCCCUGAUACUGUAAUUCAUAUGGAUGAGAGUUUCACUCCUGAUCUGAAUAUUUUCCAGGACAUGAUGUAUCGAGAUACAUUGGUAAAGUCGUUUUUAGAUCAGAUUUUUCAGCUCAAAUCUGGCUUGUCCCUCAGAAGCAUUUUUCUGUCACAGUUUCUCCUUGUUCUUCACAGAAAAGCUCAAACAGUGAUAAAAUACAUAGAGGAUGAAACCCAGAAGGGAAAGAAGCCAUUUAAAUCCUUGCGCAAUCUGAAAACUGACCUUGAUCUUACAGUGGAAGGUGACUUGGCUAUUAUCAUGGCUAUAGCUGAGAAAUUAAAACCAGGCUUACAUUCAUUUAUUUUUGGAAAAUCAUUCUACACAAGUGUACAAGAACGUGAUGUAUUAAUGUCACUAUAGAGACGUGUAUUGCAUUUCACAUUAUGAAUAAUUGUGUGUCUACUUAUUGCAGAUAGCUAAUUAACAUGACGGUGUAAUUAUGAUAAUGCAUGUAUUGAAAUUAAUGUCAAACCAAAUAGUUUACAAUGUUUGUAUUUGACACAACCAUGGAACAGCAGUCAAUAAAUAAAACCUAAUAGCAUCAAAUCUAAUAAUCCAAAUUGUGGUGGGAA